AUGGACCAGCCGAGUCGCGCAGAUGAAGUUGGGAACCUCCUCAAUGCCGUCCAGAACCUCCUCGUCCCAUUCAUUCGCUCGGCCGAUACUCAAUCGCUUGAGAAUGGUUCCAAGAAUGGUGUAAACGGUAACUCAAACAAGGCAGCCGCACUAUUGAUCGAUCACAAAAGUCCAAAGGAACUCCAGGAGAUACUAAAUCUCGAUUUCCCUACCACCGGACAGGGACAGAAUGGCCUGCUCGAGAUUGUCCAGCAGGUACUGCGUUAUUCGGUCAAUACCUGGCACCAGGGCUUCCUGGACAAGCUCUACGCGUCGACAAAUGCUCCUGGGGUUGCAGCUGAGCUCAUACUUGCAACAUUAAACACCAAUGUUCACGUCUACCACGUCUCACCCGCUUUGACGCUCAUUGAAAAGUAUACUGCCAAAAAGCUAGCGUCGCUGUUUGGUCUCAAUGGCCCGUACUCUGGCGGUAUUUCUGUUCAGGGUGGAUCAGCUUCGAACACGACGUCCAUUGUCAUUGCCAGAAACAUUCUUUAUCCGGAAACCAAGACCGAAGGGAACGGAGGCUAUCGAUUCGUCCUGUUCACAAGCGAACAUGGCCAUUACAGCAUUGAAAAAGCGGCUCAGAUGCUUGGUUUUGGAAGCAGUGCCGUUUGGUCGGUGCCUGUUGAUAAACAAGGUCGCAUAAUUCCGUCUGAGUUGGACAAUCUCGUACAAAAAGCCAAGAACGAAGGUCGAACCCCCUUUUAUGUGAACGCAACCGCUGGUACAACUGUUUUGGGGUCAUUCGAUCCAUUCGAUGAAAUAUCAGCGGUCUGCAAGAAACACAAUCUGUGGUUACACGUUGACGGUUCAUGGGGUGGCUCAUUCGUAUUCUCCAAGCAUCACAAAUCCAAGCUAGCUGGAGCAGAAAAGGCAGACAGUAUUGCCAUUAACCCUCAUAAAAUGCUAGGUGUCCCCGUGACAUGUUCUUUCUUACUCGCAGCAGAUCUCCGCCAAUUCCACCGCGCAAACACUCUUCCGGCUGGAUACCUUUUCCACAACGUCGAUACUGACCAUCAGCAACCCAACGGCAAGGUAGAAGAAGAACUAUCAGAGGUACAACCCGAAUCUCCCGAGGUCUGGGAUCUUGCAGACUUGACCCUUCAGUGCGGUCGACGUGCAGACUCUCUGAAACUAUUCCUAAGCUGGACAUAUUACGGAUCCGAGGGCUACGAGCGCCAGAUCGACGAGGCUGCCGAUGUGGCCUCCUAUUUGGCAACUGUUAUUGACAACCAUCCGGAUUUCAUUCUUCUUAGUGAAAACCCACCUCCCUGCUUACAGGUGUGCUACUACUAUGCGCCGGGCAAACGCUUGGUUCAUGAGUCAGAGAGCAACAUCUCAGAGGAUGCACGCGCUGCCAAGAAUAGCAAGAUCACUGAAGAAAUCACUCAUGCCAUUGUCGACAAGGGAUACAUGAUUGAUUAUGCGCCACCAAGUAGUAACGAUGUCGAGAACAAGGGGAAGGGCAAGUUUUUCCGCUGUGUCGUCAACAUAUCGACAACCAGAAAGACUAUGGAUGGUCUGAUUCGCGCUAUUGAAGAUGUCGGUCCUGGGAUUGUUGACAGAGUGAGGGAAUAG